UGAAAGCACGAAUCAUUUCUUCUUGGGGUCUCGACAAUGGUCUUCUGCAAUCUCUGUUCUCCGACCUCCCUCCUUUGCUCAAAGCUCGCUGCUUUACAGUCUAUCUCGCUGGAGAAACUUAAGCCUGAGCUGCCCUUUUACUAUUCUUCUGAAAAAUGGCCUUUUCGCUGUACUUUUUUGUUCUCCAGUUCUUGCUCUUUGUCCGCCUUCUGUUGCAGAGCGAGCAUGGCCGAGGCUACCGCUGAGGUUCUCACUCUUCGAGAUAUAUGCGGAGGAAAAGUGCCAGAACAUAUUCUGAAGAGGGCUGAAGAAGUUGGAUACGUUAGGCCUACUGAUGUUCAACGGCAAUCUUUACCAGUUUUGUUAUCUGGACAGGACUGUGUGCUUCAUGCUCAGACAGGUUCUGGCAAAACACUGGCAUACCUCUUCCUGAUAUAUUCUGUCAUUAAGAUUCAAAGAUCUGCAGUACAGGCAUUGAUAGUUGUACCAACUAGAGAACUUGGUAUGCAAGUCACAAAGGUUGCCAGGAUGCUCGCUGCAAAAUCUGAAUCUGAUAAUAUGCAGAGGACUUGUACAGUCAUGUCUCUAUUAGAUGGUGGGAUGUUGAAAAGGCAUAAAAGUUGGUUGAAGGCUGAACCUCCAGAAAUAGUGGUUGCAACUAUAGGCAGCUUGAGUCAAAUGCUUGAGAGACAUGUUUUCAAACUUGAAGCUGUAAGAGUUGAUUUUAUGUUCAAUUCAUCGAAGCAAGUGUAUGCCCUUCGAAAGCUAUUGACAUCUCACUCUUCAAUAGAAAGGCGCCAAACAAUUUUUGCUAGUGCGUCUAUUCCUCAGCACAAUCGCUUCCUUUAUGACUGUGUACAACAUAAGUGGACCAAGAAUGAUGUUGUGCACAUCCACGUGAACCCCAUAGAGCCCAUGCCUUCCCAUUUGCAUCAUAGUUUUGCGAUUUGUAGUAAAAAGGAAAGACUUAGUGUUAUGCUGUACCUCCUUCAGAAGGAUGCACCAAGAUCUGGCAUAAUUUUUGUUUCAGAGCAGUCAGAGAAGUCUAAAAAGGCUGGUAGACCUCCUUCAGCAACACUUCUUUUUGAUUUUCUUAAGGCUUCUUAUGAUGGAGAUAUGGAGAUUAUUCUAUUUGAAGAAGACAUGAAUUUCAAUGCCCGAUCAGCAUCACUAUCUGAUAUAAGGCAGAGAGGUUUCCUUCUAGUGGCGACUGAUUUGGCAAGCAGAGGCUUUGACCUACCUCAAACAACACAUAUUUAUAACUUUGAUCUUCCAAGAACUGCAGUUGACUAUCUCCACCGGUCAGGGAGGACUGCGAGGUUGCCGUUCUCCGCCGAUCGGUGCUUCGUUACAAGUCUGAUCACAUCUGAAGAACAAUUUGUGCUUCAGAGGUAUCAGAAUGAGUUGUUGUUUCAGUGUGAAGAACUAAUCUUGGAGCUUUUUGCUCCAUGAAUGGGUGGCUCUUUUGCAAAUUGUAUGGUUGUCUCUACUUUGGUCUUCUUUAAUCUGUUACUCAAUCAAUUUGGUAGAAACUUGAAAGAUAUAUUUUUCUUGUA